UUUUAUAAUUAUUUUUUAACUAGUAAACAACACGUUUUUGGGGGGAGAGCCUUUCAAGGAGCUUUCAGAGUACAGAAUGAGUCUAUGGGUAGAUAAGUACAGACCAACCAACCUUAAUAAACUCCAUUAUCAUCAGGAGCAAGCUGCCAGUUUGAAAAGACUGGUCCAGUCUGAUGAUUUCCCUCAUUUGCUGAUUUAUGGCCCGUCGGGUGCAGGAAAGAAAACAAGAAUGGUUUGUAUACUUCGUGAGUUGUACGGGGCCGGAGUGGAGAAACUACGUAUUGAACACAUGGAGUUUAUAACCCCGUCAAAAAAGAAGAUUGAGAUAUCUACGGUCGCUAGUAAUUAUCACAUUGAAAUGAACCCAAGUGAUGCCGGUAUUCAUGAUCGUGUUGUCAUUAUGGGGUUACUGAAAGAAGUAGCUCAAUCACACUCACUGGACACUAGCCACAAAGACUUUAAAGGUCAGUAAACUUGUGUAAACUCCAAUUUUAUUCAG